AUGGUAAUAUGUUUUCAUUAUAAUCGCUUGUUUUUAUUCAAGCCUAUUUUUGCCCAUCUAAUUUCUUCACUUAAAUAUUAUUCUCGUACACCAACAGUUGUUCGGUAUCGAGCUCAAUCAAAAAAAUUAAUUACACAAAAAAUUGAUACACCUGAAUAUCGAACGUUAUUAACACCAUCGUUACUUAAAUUAGCUGAAUUAUUUAAAGCAAAUAAAUAUGAAUUACGUGUUGCUGUUGUAGCAAAAUCAAUAUCAUGUGGAUGUAUACCCAUU